AUGUCAGCUGAAGAUAGGCAAGUCAUCAUAAUUGGUCUUGCCGCACUUGUUGCUAUUGCUGCAGCUGAUGUAUCUGUUGUACGCAGUGAUGCUGUUGUAAAUCCAGACAGUUAUCAAUAUUCAUAUGAAUUGGAUAAUGGUGUUAAAGCAUCAGAAGAAGGAAAAUUAAAGGAUCCAGAAACUCUCUCUGUUAGUGGAAACUUUGCUUUCAAUUCACCUGAAGGUGAAGCUAUUCAAGUAUCAUACACAGCUGAUGAAAAUGGUUUCCAACCAGUUGGUCCUCAUAUUCCAACACCACCACCAGUACCAGAAGUUAUUCAAAGAGCUUUGGAUUAUAUUGCUGCUCAUCCACCACCACCAUCCCAUUAA